CCGUGUUCAAAGUUCAAACCCUCUACAAACGUACACGCCUCUGUAAAGCUUGCUAUAUAUAUAUAUGCGGCGUCCGAAUCCGACUCACACCAACUCAUCACUCAACACAAAAUGAAGACUUCUUCUCUUGCAUUGUCAUCAAUCCUGCUCUCUCUCUUCCUCUCCUCUUUCUUUCAUGGAGAGGCUGCACUGUCCGUACUCGACGUCGCCGGGAACGCCGUCCAAAGUGGCGUCAAGUAUUACGUCGUCCCGGUGAACCAGACCCAAGGCGGCGGGCUCGAUCUGCUGUCCCCAACCACCGCAUGCCAGAGGAGCGUCAUCCAAGUGGGCCCCAAAGUGACAGGCGACGCCGUGGUCUUCACUCCGGCGGUGGCCACGACUAACGGCGCCGUCGUGAACGGGACGGAUCUCAACGUCGAGAUAUUCCCCAGCGCCGCAAACACCGGAAAGUGCUCCAACGUCUGGAGAAUCUCCGGCAACGAUCCUGAGAACGUGGACGUCGCUCAAUUCGUCGUGAGCGGCGGCGUGAAGGGGAACCCGGGCAGCUCGACGGCGGUCAACUGGUUCAUGAUUGUGAAGUCGGUCAACGGGUACAAGUUCAAGUUUUGCCCGGUUUCGUUGUGCGACUGCAACCCGGUGUGCCAAGAUGUUGGCAUCUCCGUCAACAAAGCGGGAAACAGGCUGCUGAAAGUUGACCUGAGCUUACCCACUUUUGAGGUCAACUUUAAGAAGGCUUAGCUAGCUAGCUGCUAGGUUACGUGGCAUUCAUUCAUAAUAAAUAAACUCAUGCAAUUAAUUGGAUGCUUCAUACAUGCAUCAAUAACACGUACAAUACUAGCUAAGCUAGCUUAGUAUUUUGUAUGUAUAAGGGAAAAGUACUAGCCAGUAGUCUAGCUAGUCGCAGCAUGAAAUGAAAUAAAACUACUUUGUAUAUAGGAUAUGAUCAUAUAAAUGGUGUUUCUACUCUUUGCUUCCAUUAGUAAUAAAUUGUGUUUUGGGAGGUAGGUACAUGGCCACAUGGGUAUAUAUGUACUCUGUCUCCCUUACUUAAUUCCCCAAGCACAACUAUGGUUGUGUGGUGCUGGUGGUAGCCCAGCGGUGACGGGCAGCCGGAGGCGGUGAAGUCUACAUUAACUUGUACUAUAGCUACUCCGUAUAUUUUUUUUCAUUUUUAACAUAGUAUAUCUAGCUGAAGACCCCUACACUAGCUACAUCAAGGUAUAUCUGCAUUUUUUUCUACUUUUAAUAAGUGAUUUUUAAAGUUAUUUCGGAGAAAAUAUUUAAUAGUAAAAGUUAAUAAUGUUAAAAGAAAAAUGUAAUGUUUGGAAAAAGUGAAAAUCGAUAGUGUUUUGUCCAAAAUUAUUUUUGUAUAGCAAAAAAAGUAAAAAUCAAUUCAUUUAGAUUUGUGUAAAAAGUAAAACUCGGCUCGUUCUACUCUAAAGUUUUAGAUUUGAAGUGCUUCAAUUCAUUUAAGCACAAGAAUGUCACUUAAAAAUACUCAACUCACUCUACGUACAUGGUCUAUUUGAAUUAUUUAAACUAGUAAUUUAGACAAUAAAAUUAUUUGAAAG